AUGGCACCAAGAGCAGCAACAAUUAUGAUAGAACGAGGUUAUAACAAUUUAUUUUUACUUUCUGGCGGUUUAAAAUAUGCUGUUAAGAAGUUUCCACGUGGACUCAUCACUGGUAGGUGUCCGUUAUCAUGGACAUUGUCGCGUUUACCAGCAACACCAACAGGAAAACCAAAACGUACACAAUCUAUGAAUAUGCUUCCUAGUGAAAUACCAAUAGGUCAAUCAAGUGCUCAGGUAGCACGACCUGCUCCAGGUCCCAUGAUAACAUUUGAUGCUCGUGAACAAUUUACAAAGCAUGAUAUUGAACAAUUAAAUACACAACUUGAAGACAAUUUACUACCAAGAGAUACUGCUUCAAGAUUGUCACGUUCGCACACUCAUUUGUCUCAUCAAAGCUCACGCAUGUCACUUGCUAGUGAACGAUCGAAUCUAAGUAAUGUUUCAGAUAAACCAUGGAAACCAUAA